AUGGCCACACCACGUAAAAAACAAAAAUUAGAACAUGAUGAAGAUCUAUUUUUAUUUGAUUUAUCUGAACGUUUUCAUUCAUUUUGUUAUCCACAAAACGAUGAUGAAUCACCUGCAGUAUCAUUAGAUGAUCUUUAUCAACGUCUUAAUGAACAUGAUUUAGAAUAUCGUUCAUCAAUAAAUUUAAAUCUGCAAAAUUUAAAUCAAGAAAUUUUAUUAAAUGAAGAAAAAUUAUUUCAAUUAAAUUUAUCAAUAAAACAAUUAAAAGAAAAUUUAAAUGAAAGAAAACAAUAUUUAAAAUUAGCUAAAUUAAAACGUCGUCAUCAAUCAGAUUAUAUAACUAUGUUUAAUGUUAUUAAUCGAUUUUCAUCACGUGAAAUUUCACAAAAAAAAUUAAAUCAAUUAAAUUUUGAAUAUGAACAACAAAAAUCUGAAUUAGCACAUUUAAAUCAACGUUUAUCAAUUUAUCAAAAACAAUCUAAAGUCGUACUUUAUUCUUUACUUGAACUUGUAGGAUUUAUUGAUGUUAAAUUACCGAUUAAUUUCGAAGAUGAAAUUGGUCGAUUAGAUAAUAAUCCUUUAUUAGAGAAUAAUGGAGAUAAAUAA